AUGACUGAAAUUGAGACUGGCCAAAAUUCAGAAUACAACAGAAAGAUAUCUGAUGAAACCAAAGACCUGUCUGUCAAACAAAGUGCAUGUAUCGCUCCUGAUGCAUCAAAAAGAAACAGAGUUAAGCUCUUCCUGAGUUUGCUUUCUCUGGGGCUUUCCAUGUUUGUAACAGCACUAGACGUUCUUAUUGUUGGGACCAUCAUCGAUACAGUUUGUACUUCCUUUGGAGACUACACAAAAAGUGGUUGGAUUGUUACAGGUUACUCUCUCCCUAAUGCCCUCUUUAGCUUGUUGUGGGGUAGGCUGUCGGCCGUACUGGGGCCUAGAAUAAGUGUGAUAAGCUGUAUUAUACUAUUUGAAACUGGUUCUCUGAUAUCUGCUCUUGCGAAGUCAAUGAAUAUGUUGAUUUCAGGCAGGGUUAUUGCAGGGGUUGGUGGUAGUGGGCUCCAAACCCUGAGUUUAGUUAUAGGGUGCCAGCUUGUUAACGAAAAAUCUCGCCCUUUAGUUUUGUCACUACUGAAUUGCACCUUCGCUGUCGCCUCCAUUGUGGGGCCAUUUCUGGGUGGCGCUUUUACUACACAUGUUACUUGGAGAUGGUGCUUUUAUAUCAACCUGCCUAUUGGUGGACUAGCGAUUGCAAUAUUCAUUUUUUUUUACAAUCCAGAGGGGGCCGAUUUGCUGGAGAAAGGCAGUCAAACGUUCAAGAAACUUUUGAGUUAUCGUCGCGCCAAUCUGUCUCUUAAGCAGCUUUUGGAUCAGUUACUAUUUGGGUUUGAUAUUGUAUCUUUCGUUCUUUUCACUGCAGGCUGGUUGCUAUUUCUUUUGGCUUUAACUUUUGGCGGCCAAACCCAUCCUUGGAAGUCAGGGAUAGUUAUUUCGUUCAUUAUUGUAGGGGUUUUGUUAAUUGCACUCUCCUUAAUCUACGACUUCAGGUUGUUCGACCACAUAAAAACAAUGGACACUUUUAGACCACUUUUAAGCUGGCACUUAAUGUCUCAGCGAGCAAUUUUAAACGCAAACUUUACCGGAUUCUUUUCAACAAUUGCAUACAAUGUUCAGAUGAUUUACAGCGUGCAGUUUUUCCAGCUUGUUUAUGGAUUUUCUGCUUGGAAAGCUGGUCUGCAUCUCAUUCCGAUUUUAGUAUCUACAGUCGUAUUUUCUAUUGCAAGCGGGGUCAUCAUCAAAAAAACUGGUCAUAUCAAGCCCCUUCUAGUGUUUGGUAGUGCAAUGGGCGUUUUGGGAAGCGGUCUCAUGAUACUCCUUAACAACACAUCUACUAAACACACCCAAAUUGGUGUAUUGAUUCUUCCUGGCGUUGCACUAGGGUUUGUGCUGCCCGCGGCACUAAUUACAUGUCAUGUUCAACUAGACAGAACCAGUCCCUCCUAUGGAGCAGACAUGCUCGAAACUACUUCUGUGAAUGCGCUAUUGAAAUCUCUCGGCACCACCGUAGGUAGCAUUCUUUCUACGAUGGUGUUCUCUACCUCUUUGCACAACAAAAUGAAAAACAGCAAUAUUUUGUUCGAGGUAUCUGGCGAGCUGGAUAGUAUCGCAUCAUAUCGAUUGGAUCAUUUUGACGGACCCCGUUCUGAAAUGGGUUGCAUGUUGAACGAUUCAAUAAGAAACACUUUUUGGAUGGCUCUGGGGUCGUCAGUUGUUGCCUUCCUUUGCAGCCUUCUCGUCUCUAGACGGAAAGUGUCUAUGUAG